AGAUUCAGUCGUUGAAGAUACACCGUUCGGUUUGGACGUGUUUUUUUUCUAAGAAUUUGUAUACAAAUUUUUUGAGAUCUACCCCGACAAAAAAAUAAUAAUACCCUGCUCUCUUGAGUUAUUAAAAUUAUUUUUUUUUCUUCUAAAAUUUUUUUUAAGUUAAUUAACAGCAACAUGUGAAUUUGUGUUGCCAAACACGCAAAUCUAAUCAUCGUGGUUAUUAAUAAACUAGAACAAAUAAAACAAAGUUUCUUCAGUACAAAACUCUAAACCCUGUCCGUCGAAAACGGCUUCGUAACAGGUGUUUGUUGUUCUUUCUAAUAAAAAAAAAAAAGAUAAAUAUUUAACCAAGCAAAAAGACGUGGAACUUCAAGUUUGAAGAAGUUGGCAAAGUUCGUUCUGACCAGUGUGUCGUCCACUUUAAAGGGAAAGAACCUUUACUGAUGAUGAUGAUAAUGAUGUUUUAAACAGUGAACAAAGUUAAUUUUGUUUUGUAUUUUCUCUUUAAUUUUUUUCGAUUUGAUUUAUUUUUUUUUUGCUGAUUUAUCGAAAUCAAUUGGGAAUUUUUUUUUCUUCUGUGUGUGAUUUAAUUUCUUUCAAUUGUAUACACAACAAUGGAAAAUAAAAGUUGAACUUUUAUACCUACAAUACUCUAUAAAGAUUGAAUUAAUCUCAUGUGACGAAUAACGUCGACGACGACGACGACGAAUAAAACUGUGACCACGACAGCAAGUUAAAUUGAAUUAUAUGUUUAUUUUUUUUUUUUAUUUUUGCUUUUUAAUUAAGUAAAAAAAAAAAAAAUAAUACAAAAAAAUAACAAACAACACAAAAAAAAAUAAAUAAAUAAAUAUCGUGUCGCGAUUCAAUCAGAGAUAUGUAUAAAAUAAAAUCACUUGAUGAUUUGAUUUCUCUUCCAUAAAAAAAAAAAACAACUUCACAAAAAAAAAAAAACUAUAAAAUUAUAGAUACUUUCUUGUACACACCACAACAACCGGAUUGUGGGUUUUUAAGUGCGCCUCAUUUCGCUGGGGAAAAACAAAAAAAAAAAAAAAUAAAAACAAAACAAAAUAAAAACAUCCAACUCCUCUCCAAACAACCAACCAUCAUCAUCUUUUUUUUUUCUUGGAAAAACUAUACUAAAGUGUAAUUUAUAGUAUAUUUUCUAUAUAGUCUUCUUAGUUGUGUGUGGUGAAAUUUCGUUGUUGUUGUUUUUUGUGAUUUACACUAUUAUAGAAAUAGUGUGUAACGCUAUUUUUUUUUGCGUGACUAAUAAGUUCAUUUAUAAUUAAGUUUCAUACUUAAACGCCACCUAUCGUCCGUGUGUCGUCGUGAAUGGAAUAAUAAAUCAAAAUCAAUUCAACAAAAAUAUAAUAAAACAUCAAUUUUCAACAACAACAAAAAAAAAAUAAAAAAUAACAACAAUAAUAAUAAUAUUAAUUUACAAUAAUUCAACGUGUGCGAUCGUAAUACAUCGUUGUUGUUUUAUUUAUUUCUACUUUAUCAAAUUCUGUUUGAUUUAUCAAUUAAAAAAUAAAAAAAAAAAAAAAUUAAAUAUAUUGGCUGACCUCAAAGCAACUAUACUAUGCUUGUAUUGUGAUAUGGCACGCGAUUCUGCAAUAGCUCGCGAUCGAAUGAUAGUAGUACCUGGUAGCUUGUCGUUAGAUAUAAAUUCAACAGCAAAUCAGCCAUCUGCACCGGCUGAUAUAAAUCAAGAAAUUCUGGAGAACUCCUCUGUCAUAUUUCAGUUAAAGAAGGAACAAGAAAUGCAAAAACAAAUGCUCAUACACUCGUUUCAAGAACAAAAAAAGCAACUAGAGCUACAGCAUAAACUGCAGCUGGAACAUAAAUAUCAGUUUGCGGCGCACUCACAUGGCGUAUUCCAGGAAUUGCGGGAUCAAAAAAUUGCAGCAGCAGAACAACAAGAACGGGAACGGCGCGAACGUGAACGUGAAGCAAUGAAACGCAAAGAAAAUUGCAGUGCCAAUGCAAGUCCCGAAGUUAAACAAAUUUUAAUGUGUUUUUUGAUGAACAAAAAACAAGCGGCUUCUUCUAAUGGCAUGACAGCGUCACCUUACUCUAAAAGAGGCGUAGUUAAAAGUUCGUCUGGUGAAUCUUUGCCGGCUGGUACGGUUACAAGUUCACAUCCAUAUAAAAUUCCUCAACCGCCCUCAACAAUUGUUAAAUAUGAUUCCGAUUUCCCAUUAAGAAAAACAGCAUCCGAGCCGAAUUUGCUGAAAUUACGCCUCAAACAAAGUGUCAUCGAUCGCAAAGCAAGGAUUGGUCCAUCAGCUGCUCGACGUCAAGAAAGGCAUCUUCAAGCUAUUCAAAGACGCCAGGCAAAGCACAAUUCAACAUUAGCAAACUGCAAUAGUACUCCUGAUUCUGGACCAAAUUCACCACCCUCACUUGUAACGGGUGGGAGUCGAGGUUCACCCACAAGUCAACCAAUACAAGAAGAAAAUGAAGAUGUCGCUCAAUAUCAAUCGGGCCCACGCAGCAGUAUUAAUGAUUUGUCCCUAUUCAGUUCGCCAUCCAUGCCGAAUAUCUCAUUGGGACGACCGCAUUUACCCAACGCGCAUACACCUGCCGCUGCUAAUUUUGCCAUGUUAACUGCAUUGCGGCAACAAGCUGCCGCUGCUCAACCAAUGAUUGGUGCUGGUGCUCCAACUUAUUACAAUCCUUUGCCACCCUAUGAUCAUCAUCAUGCUGCAGCAGCUAGCAGUAGCACUGGAAUACCUCCACCAUCGACAAGAUCUAACACAUCGGCGUCAUCAUCGUCGGCUGGGUCGAUUGAAAUGCCGCCGCAAGCACAUGCUGCCAAUACACCAAUGACAAGUGUCUCGAUGGGUAUGCAUCCACUUCCUAUGUAUGGCCAGCCAAUAACCGAUGUCCAAGUGGCCCAUGCUCGGCUAAAUAAGCAGGGUCAUCGGCCAUUGGGUCGGACACAAUCGGCACCAUUGCCUUUGGGUCAUCCAAUGCUGACGGGGACUGGGCAGGUCAAUAUUGUGCAGACUCAUUAUGAGAACAGUGAUGCGGAACGACAAGCCUAUGAGCAACAGCAUAUGUUGCUAACGCAAAAAAUCCGCCAAACAGUUCUCACCCGCAGCGGUCGUGACCAACAACAGCAGCACCAACAACAACACCAACUGAAGGAAGCCGCCGAAGAGUCCACCAAUGACGAAGUGAUAGAUCUUACCGACAAAAAACAACCGCCCAAGACUGUAUUGGCCAAUUCUGUGAUAACCAGUACAUCUCAAAGAAGUAUACCUGAAGAGACGGCCCUGGAAGCUGCUCUCUUGAAAUCUAAAAUGCGCGACCAAGAGUACCUACAGCAACAGAGGGAACUGCUGUAUAUGCAUUCAUUGCAGGUCGACGAUGCCGUGGCACGUGGUUUAAUCCGUCCUCUAUCGCGGACAUUGUCCAGCCCGCUGGUGCAUUUGGGACCACAUGGUCUCAGUCAAAUUCCUGAUACUGGACAACAACACAUACAGCCGAUUGUGACUUCCUCCUCUGCCGAUCAUAUUCCACCGGUCAAUCUGAGUAUGCCACAUCGACGUCAUGUGAUCGAGAGUCCGCACAAAAUCACAACGGGGCUAGCUUUUGACAAUUUAAUGCUAAAACAUGCCUGCGUUUGUGGUAACAAUUCGUCACAUCCCGAGCAUAGUGGCCGCUUGCAAAGUGUCUGGGCUAGAUUAAUUGAAACUGGCCUGGCAAAUCGAUGUGAUCGUUUGCGAUCACGUAAAGCUACACAAGAAGAAUUACAAACAGUACACUCAGAGGCUCAUGCUUUGUUGUUCGGUUCAAAUCAGCUGAAUCGACAGAAGCUUGAAAUUGCGCCUUCUGUGAGCUUUGUUAGGCUAGGAUGUGGCGGAGUGGGUGUGGAUCUUGAUACGACGUGGAAUGAACACCAUACUGCGGCAGCGGCUCGCAUGGCAGCCGGUUGUGUGAUUGAUUUGGCAUUUAAAACAGCUAAAGGUGACCUGAAGAAUGGUUUUGCGGUAGUGCGUCCGCCUGGCCAUCAUGCUGAAUCGAAUUUGGCCAUGGGUUUUUGUUUUUUCAACUCAGUGGCUAUUGCGGCAAAGAUAUUGCGUCAGCGUUUGCCGUCGGAAAUGAAGAAGAUACUGAUUGUCGAUUGGGAUGUGCAUCAUGGGAAUGGAACUCAGCAGGCAUUCUAUGAUUCGGGGAAUGUGUUGUACCUUUCGAUUCAUAGGCAUGAUGAUGGUAAUUUCUUUCCUGGUACUGGUGGUCCAACAGAGUGUGGUACUGGUGCUGGAGUUGGUUUUAAUGUGAAUGUCUCAUGGUCGGGUGCAUUGAAUCCACCAUUGGGAGAUGCUGAAUAUUUAGCUGCAUUCCGUACUGUUGUCAUGCCUAUUGCACGGGAAUUCAAUCCUGAUAUUGUUUUAGUAUCAGCGGGUUUUGAUGCCGCAGCUGGACAUCCGGCUCCGUUGGGUGGUUAUUUAGUGUCACCAGCAUGUUUUGGUUAUAUGACGCGAGAAUUAAUGCAAUUGGCUGGGGGGAAGAUUGUUCUAGCCUUAGAAGGAGGUUAUGAUUUGCCAGCGAUAUGUGAUUCAGCACAAGAAUGUGUUAGAGCGCUGUUGGGCGAUGAAACAGCACCAAUUGCUGAGGCAGAAUUAUCACGUCCGCCAUGUCAGAAUGCUGUUGAUACGUUACAAAAAACUAUUGCUAUACAGAUGUCCCAUUGGCCUUGUGUACGUCGUUCAGCGCACACGGUUGCCAUGUCGGCCAUGCAAGCUCUACGAACUGAACGAGAAGAAUCUGAGACUGUAACAGCAAUGGCUGGGCUUUCAAUGCAACCUCCAAACAGAACGUUAUCACGAGGUGAAUCUGAAGAGCCAAUGGAACAAGAUGAUGCAAAGUAAAAAUUGCUGUAGCGAAUAUUUUAAUCGUACAAACAUUAAACAACAACAACAAAAAAUAAUAAAAAUAAUUUUGUGUAUGUUGUGUUUGUGAUAAACAAGGACAAGAAGGACAUGAUGUGUUUUUAUGUCUUCUUCAUCCAUCUCACAAACACAAAAAAAAAAAAAAAAUGUUUUUUUGGGAAAAAGUUCUUCAUAUAUUUCAACAUUGUCUCGUUAG